GUGCGUGUGUUUGUGCGUGUACAGAGAGUGAGACGCACACAAAGCCCACGGGCUCGUGUUCGUACCGGGUCUAUGUGGAGUUUGCGCCCCGGCUCAGAGGCACUUUGUCGGUGGAGUGGUCGGACGCGCCGCGCUGUGGGGGACGCCAGCACCAGGAAGUGCUCUCAGGAAGUAGUUUGCAGCCGCGUUUGAGUGACAGCUGUGCGGCGGUGACAGCCCACACCGGGACGGCGGCCCCACAGAGUCGAGCCAAGACUCAAGAUGGCAGGUCUAUCUUUAUACUUUGAAGAUGGCCAUGAUGAUUUGGAUGACUUCGGAUUUGAUGACUAUGCUUCAGAGUGUGACGGAAUCCGCAUCACAGCCUUCCUCGAUGCUGGACAAGACAACCUAACCCCUCUCGGGAGGCUAGAGAAGUAUGCCUUCAGUGAGAAUGUUUUCAAUAGGCAGAUCGUGGCUCGCGGCCUGCUUGAUGUGCUUCGGGAGUUCAGUGACAAUGAAAAUGACUUUAUCAGUGUCAUGGAGACAGUUGCCAGAAUGUCAGAAGAUGGAGAGCCCACAGUGCGAGCUGAGCUGAUGGAGCAGGUCCCAAACAUCGCCAUGUUUUUACAUGAGAGUCGGCCCAACUUCCCAGCCGCUUUCUCAAGAUACUUGGUACCGAUUGUAGUCCGGUAUCUCACUGAUCCAAAUAACCAGGUGCGGAAGACGAGCCAGGCAGCCCUGCUCGUUCUGUUGGAGCAGGGCCUCAUCUCUAAAGCUGACAUGGAGACCAAAGUAUGUCCAGUUCUGCUGGACCUUACAGAACCUAGCAGUGAUGAUGACUACAAAAUAGAGGCUGUUGCAAUCAUGUGUAAAGUUGUCACCAUGUUGAGCAAAGACACAGUGGAGCAUCUGCUACUGCCACGUUUCUGUGACCUUUGCAGUGAUGCCAGACUCUUCCAAGUCCGCAAGGUCUGUGCAGCAAAUUUUGGCGAGUUUUGUUCUAUUGUGGGCCAGGAAGCCACAGAGAAACUAUUGAUGCCCAAGUUCUUCGAUCUGUGCUCAGACAGUCUGUGGGGGAUCAGGAAAGCCUGUGCUGAGUGCUUCAUGAUGGUCUCAAAUUCCACCUCUCCAGAGGUGCGACGUGCAAAACUGUCCCCCCUGUUCAUCAGUCUCAUCAGUGACCAGUCCCGCUGGGUGCGCCAAGCUGCCUUUCAGUCAUUGGGACGUUUCAUCUCCACCUUUGCCAACCCAUCCAGCACAGGCCUUUACUUCAGAGAGGACGGUUCCCUACUAGAGCUCCCCAGAUGUACAAUGGAAGGCGACUGCUCCCUCAACUCCCUGAACUGCUCUGACAUCAGUGGCUGCCACACAGAAAGAACCGUCGCUCACACACUUCCCAACCAGGACGGGCGUGCAACACCGUCCCCAGAACAUGUGUCGUCAGCCGACAAUGAGUAUAUGCACAACUUUGAUGACAACCACGCUUCAGUUACCGGAGAGAGGCCAGGCAGUUACACCAACACCGUCUCAAACCGCAAUGACAGCCCUAUGAAAACAAACAAUGCUAAGAACACAAAAGAGACGGACAAGACAGAUGAGAACUUUAAUUCUUUCAACUACUGGAGGUCUCCUUUACCAGACAUCAGUGGGGAACUGGAGAUGCUAAGUUGUCAAAAGUCAGAGGUUGUGACAAAGAAGGAGGAAAAUAAAGAGAGGGAGGAGGAUGAACCUGAGGAUAACUGUCCUGAAUCCAAGUCCAAUCAUGGCAACGCCACUAGUGACCAGAUCCAGAAGGUUUUAGACUGUUUGCAACCGCACAUGGACGAUCCUGAUGUACAAGCUCAAGUCCAGGUUUUGUCGGCAGCUCUGAAGGCCGCCCAGCUCGACAGUCCAGCAGACGACAGUCCAGCAGACGACAGUCCAGCAGACGACAGUCCAGCAGACGAUAGUCCAGCAGACGACAGCCCGACAGACGACAGCCCAACUGAACCACAGUCAGAAGUGCAGCCUGAGAGCGUCAUGGAGAGCCCAUCUGAGGACAGCAUAUCUGCGGAGGUUCAGUCAGACAGCGAGGAGAGCCCAACAGAAGAGGAGCCAAUGGUGGAAACUCUUCCAGCUUCAGAGUCGAGCCCCGUCCAGGAGCAAGGAGAUGAGGAGACGCAGACUGAGCCUCAGGAGGAGGACCAGGACGACUCUCGGCCUAACUCACCUAUUCUAGAGUCUGAACUGAUAGAGAGUGUGGAGGAGGAAGGAAAGGAAGACCUGGCUCACAGCCCAGUGUUGGAGGACAAGCCUAAGGUUCAGAAUGUUAUCCCGCAGCAGCUGUUGGAUCAGUACCUCUCUAUGACGGACCCGGCCCGGGCCCAGACGGUGGAUACAGAAAUAGCCAAACACUGUGCCUUCAGCCUGCCAGGGGUCGCUCUCACUCUGGGACGACAGAACUGGCAUUGCCUCAAGGACACAUAUGAAACCCUCGCUACUGAUGUGCAGUGGAAGGUGCGGCGUACGCUGGCGUUCUCCAUUCACGAGCUGGCCGUUAUCCUGGGAGACCAGCUGACGGCGGCUGAUCUGGUUCCCAUCUUCAAUGGUUUCCUCAAAGACCUGGACGAGGUCCGCAUUGGCGUGCUCAAACAUCUGUAUGACUUCCUCAAGCUGCUGCAUGCAGAUAAGAGGAGAGAAUAUCUGUACCAGCUGCAGGAGUUCAUGGUGACAGACAACAGUCGCAACUGGAGAUUCAGAUACGAGUUGGCAGAGCAGCUGAUCAUGAUCAUAGAGUUGUACAGCCACUACGAUGUGUAUGACUACCUCAGACAGAUAGCACUCACACUCUGCUCUGACAAAGUCUCGGAGGUCAGGUGGAUCUCAUACAAACUGGUUGUAGAGAUCCUCCAGAAGCUGUAUGCAUGUGGUGCCGAUGAUCUGGGCAUGAACUUCAUCAACGAACUCACCGUCAGGUUCUGCCACUGUCCCAAGUGGGUCGGGAGGCAGGCUUUUGCCUUCAUCUGUCAGGCCAUAGUGGAGGAGGACUGCAUGCCCAUGGAGCAGUUCAGCCAGCACCUCCUGCCCAGCCUCCUCAGCCUCUCAUCAGACCCAGUGGCUAACGUCCGUGUACUUGUAGCCAAGGCUCUACGACAGAGUGUCAUGGAGAAAGCUUAUUUUAAGGAGCCGGGCUGUGCCUACUCUGAUGAGCUUGAAGAGACUGUGAUGGCGCUGCAGUCUGACAAAGACCGGGACGUGCGCUUCUUCGCCAGCCUGGACCCCAACAAAGGCUUGAUGGACACGGCCCCUUUGAUUUAGCCUCAGCGCCCGAAUCCCGUUACACCCCACCUGCCUGUCUACCUACCUGUCUGACUGACGCACAGUCAGCGCGACCUGCAACACCAGCACCCGACCAGACCCCCGACCACUCGCCUGCUGGGCAGACCUGCGCCAACGACCACUUGAGAAUCAUGUCAGAUGUCAGAUUUAAGUGUGAGCACGCUCAAACAAACACAACCCCAGUCUCUGGUUGGGCACUACAUAGCACACAUUAUGUUGAUAACGCAAACAGCAAACUUCUCAGUGUUUUCAGGAAAUGAGCAGGACUCACAGAUCGGCUGCAUCGCUUUGCAGGAGCUGCCGUAUUUUCAACUGAACCUUUUCUCACCCUCCACACUAACAACACUGACUCAGUCCUUCCCCUGUCACAGAUUUGUAAAACUACAAACGGGCUCUUUCUCUCCAAAGCUAACUGUAAGCUUAAUCAUGAAAUAGCUGAAUUGAUUUUAUUAUUCCUUAUUGCUUCUUCUUGUGGAUUUCUUAAUGUACAAGCGGGCAAGGCCUGCCUGACUCUGAUGUGUGCACUAACUCAGGGGGACUUAUCUGAACCUAAACAGCAUUAUUAGCUUACAUGAUAAGCAGCAGCUCCUGGAUCCCUGGUGAAAGAAACUACAGCUGUCUGAGCAACAGACCAGCCAAACCACGUAGCUCUGCUGGUGUCUCUCGCCUCAUUUCCUCCAAAAUGCCUCUUGUCUGAGACGUUGUUCAUCUUGUGAGAUGUCCUCGGGGUUAUAGUCUGUUUCCCUCCUACCAUCUCUUGUUCUUUUUUUUUUUCCUCCUCUGCGUUUCUCCACCUGGUCUUCACGGGCCACUGAAACCACUACUACUGCAUAGAAGGAACAGUGAUUCUGCCACUCAGCGUAACUCUUGAUUAAAACUAUAUCUUAGACAUUUUAAAAACACCAUCUUAAUGAACUGUACACCCUCCAUCUCCCAAAAAUUAAAAAUCGGUGUCUGUUUACCAAAAAUGUGACAUGACACGUCUCAAACGGCAGGAGACGCAUGAAAUACCUCUGUUUGGACACGACUGGCCAGUGUGUCAUACAUGUAGAGAGACUUCUGUGGACGGACAGACGCUGAAUGUCCUCGACUGGUGAUUCUUUUUGAGUGAAUCUGUGGCGUUGACUAAAACAUCUUAACAAGGGCUCACGAUGAUGUGCCACAGGGUGACGUCAAAUUCAGAGAAGAGAAAGAAAGCAAGCACACUGAUGGAUUAUGCAUGCAUGCCCACCCUCCCUCACCCCCGACCUUUUUUGUGUAUAGUCUAUUCCAAUUCUUUAAGGUUGACCUCCUGAUAUGAAUUAUGUGACCAUGUUAGCUUUCAGUGGAUCUGACUGAGCAGUUGUACAGUAGGAAUAUAGGAACGGCUGCGUUAGCAGACUGAAAGACAACUGAUUAUGAUUUCCCCGUCUCGGUGGAAUGAUUUAAAGUAUGAGGUUUCUCAUUCUGCUACUCUUUGUACAGCUUAAACCUGUGGAAAACGGUAUGUGUUUAUGGAACCAAGGCCAGUGUAGUCGGGUUUUUACCCCAUCGAGAUGUGUGAAUAUUGGGAGCAGUCAACAAGUCACUUUUUUUUAAGUCUCUUGAGCCUGUUUGUUUUCCUCUGUUGUAAAUGAUGACACCAACCUCUCCCCUUUUUUUUUUGAACAUAGGCAUAACUUGAGAACUUAAGCUGAUUGUGGUGUGUGCUGUGCAUCUCAAGUCUUUCUUCCUUCAAAAGGAGAGAUCACUGCAGUAAUGGCGGUGUCUACUCAUCUCAUCUGUCUGCAAUUUGUGUCCAUCUCAUUUUUAUGUAGUAGAACAGUUAAUAUAUACAUUUUAUGAAAAUUAUUUUUCUUUUCAAUUAUGCACCACUGUUCAAAGAUUUUAUAUCCUAACUUUACAAAAUUUACAACCUUUGUAAUAUUCAAUGGUUUCUUUUAAAAAGACAUUUUAUGUAAUGUUAUUUUUAGUAUUCUGUAAUUAAAAUUAUGAAAAUGA